AGCUGGAGGAGUAAAGAUGGCGGUGAGGGGGUCUCCGCCUUCUGCUCCCGGCUGAAGUGCUUUGAGGGAGGUAGCAGCGGUUACCAGAGCCGCAACAGCAAUCUAGUUGUGGUAGUUUCGGCAGCAACGGCCAAGGCCAGAGCAAUGGCGGAGCUGGAGCACCUGGGAGGGAAGCGGGCAGAGUCGGCGCGAAUGCGGCGGGCAGAGCAGCUUCGGCGCUGGCGGGGCUCGCUGACAGAGCAGGAGUCCGCGGAGCGACGAGGCGCGGGGCGGCAGCCGCUGACGAGGCGUGGGAGCCCCAGGGUGCGCUUCGAGGAUGGUGCUGUCUUCCUAGCUGCCUGCUCUAGCGGGGACACGGACGAGGUAAAAAAGCUUCUGGCGAGAGGUGCCGACAUAAACACGGUCAACGUGGACGGCUUGACAGCCCUUCACCAGGCCUGUAUUGAUGAAAAUUUGGACAUGGUAAAAUUUUUGGUAGAGAACAGAGCCAACGUAAAUCAGCAAGACAAUGAGGGCUGGACACCCCUUCAUGCAGCAGCUUCCUGUGGCUAUCUCAACAUAGCAGAGUAUUUCAUUAACCACGGAGCCAGUGUGGGUAUUGUCAAUAGUGAAGGUGAAGUCCCUUCUGAUCUUGCAGAAGAACCAGCCAUGAAGGAUCUUCUUCUGGAGCAAGUGAAGAAGCAAGGAGUUGAUCUAGAGCAGUCAAGAAAAGAAGAAGAGCAGCAGAUGUUGCAGGAUGCCCGCCAGUGGCUCAACAGUGGGAAAAUAGAGGAUGUGAGGCAGACUCGCUCAGGGGCCACAGCCCUCCAUGUGGCUGCUGCCAAGGGCUACUCUGAAGUCCUCAGACUUUUAAUUCAGGCUGGCUAUGAACUCAAUGUUCAGGAUUAUGAUGGCUGGACUCCCCUCCAUGCUGCUGCUCACUGGGGAGUGAAAGAGGCUUGUUCCAUCCUGGCAGAAGCGCUCUGUGACAUGGAUAUCCGAAACAAACUGGGCCAGACACCAUUUGAUGUGGCUGAUGAAGGUCUUGUGGAGCACUUGGAGAUGCUUCAGAAGAAGCAGGAUGUGCUUCGAAGUGAAAAGGAGACACGGAAUAAACUCAUUGAGUCAGAUCUGAAUAGCAAAUUGCAGAGUGGACUCUUUAAGAAUAAAGAGAAGAUGCUUUAUGAGGAAGAGACACCCAAGUCCCAAGAAAUAGAGGAAGAAAACAAAGAAUCUAGCAGCUCCAGCUCAGAGGAGGAGGAAGGUGAAGAUGAAGCUUCUGAGUCAGAAACUGAGAAGGAGGGAGAUAAAAAGCCAGAAGCCAUUGUCAACCAUUCCAACUCUGAAAACAAGAGUAGUAUCACAGAGCAGAUACCAGCGCCUGCUCAGAAUACCUUCUCUGCCUCUUCUGCUAGAAGAUUCUCCUCUAGCCUUUUUAACAAGUCAGAAGAGCCCAAAGAUGAAUCUCCUUCUUCGUGGAGAUUGGGACUCAGAAAAACUGGCAGCCACAACAUGCUAAGUGAGGUGGCCAACUCCAGGGAAGCUCUAAGGGACCGAGGCUCUUCCAUCUACCGCUCCUCAUCAAGCCCUCGGAUUUCUGCUUUGCUGGACAACAAAGAUAAGGAGAAAGAAAACAAAAGCUAUUUUAGUUCACUAGCUCCUCAGAGACUCAACAGCACAAGUGACAUUGAAGAAAAGGAGAACAGAGAAUCAGCUGUUAAUCUAGUGAGGAGUGGCUCCUAUACCCGGCAGCUAUGGAGGGAUGAAGCCAAAGGAAAUGAAACCCCACAGACAAUUGCUCCUUCUACCUAUGUAUCAACCUACUUGAAAAGUGCUUCAUUUGGUAGAAGUAGUGACCCCACAAGUCCCUACAUUUCAGCCAAUCGCAAUUCAUCUCCUGCUACCUCACCCAUUACCAUUGGUUCAUCUACCUCUCAGGGCAACCAAGGGCAACCUGCCUCUUCUUGCCCUGCACCAAUCAGUGCAAACACUACUGCAUCUGUACACCAUGGCAGGAUUCCUCACAAAUCCCAAGCUGACUCAAUAGCAGAGAAAACAGCAGACAGUGUCUCUUCUACCACUCCGCUCUGUGUGAUCACCAAUCGUCCUUCACCUAGCACUGCCAGUGGGGUUACAACUGCCACUGUGCUCCCCACUACUGGAACAGACUCCUCUGUGGAAGCCAGGGAGAAGAGGAGAUCCUAUCUGACUCCUGUACGGGAUGAAGAAGCAGAGUCUUUACGGAAAGCACGCUCUAGACAAGCUCGGCAGACACGAAGGUCUACUCAAGGUGUUACCCUAACGGACCUUCAAGAAGCAGAAAGGACUUUCAGCCGGUCAAGGGCAGAGAGGCAAGCUCAGGAGCAGCCUAGCGAGAAGCCUAUAGACACUGAAGGCCUUGAGGGGAGCACUGAGAAGCAUGAGCCCUCAGCAGUCCCAGCAAAGGAGGCUGAGGAGGGCCAACAGCCCUGGGGCAGGAAUCUGGAUGAAGAGCUUAUUGGUCGUCGCCUGAGGUGUUCCACUCAGCCAGACAAACCCAAAACACCAGUGUCUCCUUCUACAUCAAACCCCUCCCUCUACACUAGUUCUCAUCUGCUACAAACAAGUAGAUUUUUGACCCCUGAUUCUGAGAGUUCAAAGACUACCACAAACACUACAACUACAAGGGAAAUGGACAAAAAUGAGAAUGAAGAAGCAGAUUUGGAUGAUCACUCCUCUAAUAGGCUGUCCAUCCGAGAGAGGCGGCGGCCCAAGGAACGACGAAGAGGUACAGGCAUCAAUUUCUGGACAAAAGAUGAGGAUGAAACUGAUGGUUCUGAAGGGGUCAGAGAAACAUGGCAUGAAAGACUUUCUAGGUUGGAAUCUGGAGGUAGUAGCCCUACAACCAGCGAUACUUACAGUGACCGGGCUUCAGCAAGAGCCCGUCGGGAGGCCCGGGAGGCCCGUCUAGCCACCCUGACCAGCCGUGUAGAAGAGGACAGCAACAGGGAUUAUAAAAAACUCUAUGAGAGUGCCCUGACCGAAAACCAAAAACUGAAAACAAAACUUCAAGAGGCCCAACUAGAACUAACAGACAUAAAAGCCAAGCUUGAGAAGAUGGCUCAGCAGAAACAAGAAAAGACAUCUGACCGAUCAUCAAUGCUGGAGGUAGAGAAACGGGAGAGGCGAGCCUUGGAACGGAAAAUGUCAGAAAUGGAGGAAGAAAUGAAGGUGUUAACAGAACUGAAGUCUGACAACCAGAGGCUGAAAGAUGAAAAUGGUGCCCUCAUCAGAGUCAUCAGCAAACUAUCCAAGUAGACUAGCCUCCAAAUUUAAGAGGAAGGGAAAGGACAGCAUUUGCUGCCCCCACCCCUCUUUUCCAGCCCUUGCCUUCCAACCAAAGGAGUGGAUGUUUUGGUGGAAGGACACUUCUUUCUGACCCUCUCAAGUCACCUCUGCACUGUACAUUUUCUCUGCACUCUCAGUGCCCUGUUCCUCUCACACUCCCACCCCGAGUUUUAUGACAGUUUUAAAAUUGAAGCAUGAUUGUAAUAAUUUGAGCCAUCUGGAGAAGGCCUUGGGGAGUACACCAGGCUCGGCUGUGGACCCCCAGCUUCCUCUGCUCAGCUACUUUGUCCACAUUGGAUUUGGUUCAAGCAUGUAAGGCUUCUACCAGAACCAGUACUCCUCUGCUUUUUACACUGGCCCAGUGUCCUCUGACAUAGGUGAGUCUUGUGGUAGUCAGCAGGAUCCUGUCUGGGGUGCCAAGAGAAACAGCAAGAUGGUAAAUUAAUCAUCAGACAGGCUUUGGAGCUAUGGAGGUAGCAGUGACUCUGCUCUCUAAUCUUCACCUCUCAGGAACUGACUUGUUUUGUUUUCUGUCAACAACCCAUUAAUAUCCCUGACUAGUCUUAAUUUCUAUUUCUCUCUUAUGCCUAGCUCUUUUUCUAAGGCUCAGGUGGCCCUGGCUUCAUUUAUUCCCUUCUUUUUAUCCUUUCAUUUUUUUUCUCCCUGCUCCAUAGAAAAGCUAGAAUAAAGCACCCAACCUCACUUGUCUUUGGCCAUUGUGGGAAAUCAUUAUUUUGGAGACUAUAAAAUCAUCACUUUGGUGCCUUGAUGGUGGCACCCCCAGCCCUCUCCUUGAAAAGCCAUACCACAGCAUACAUGUCAGCCCAUGGUUCUCAUCUGCCACCUACCUUCUCCCUACAAAAUGAUUUUCUCUAUUAGAAAAUGUGGGCUUUGAAUACCCGAGUCUGCCUCACUUCCCUUUGUCCUCGUUUUCUUCUCUUCACUCUGGCACCUGCUCCUAAGGAGAAAUGAAGUCAGUAUAGGGAGGAGUAAGAGGUGGGGAGGGUAGAUUGUUGGGAGAUGGGCUAGGGAGUGGUGAAGGCAGGAAAGACGUAUGGUGAAAGUACAUUAUCUGAGGACACUUGCAGCAUGGUGACAAGGGAGGUAGAAGUCAGCAGCCCAUUGUACUGCAGCAAUGGUGGAGAAUUUGGUAUUUCCAGUGGUUAGAUUUAGAGGAGAGACAUGUGCUUUCUUAGAGCUAACAGGAGAAAUAGUGUUUAAUAGAGGUUUAAAGGAAUGAGGUAUUUUUCAACCCAUGGAUGAGAGUCAUGGAAUUUUAGGCCGGGAGGUCAUUUGGUCCAGCUUUCUAGUGUUUCGUCAUAGGUCUACCAGAGCUUUUACCCAGGAUUUGGUACCUCUGGUGGCUAUGUAUUUAUUACUCGAAGUUCAGCAGCUCUAAUGACCAGAGGGUUUUCCUGCUAGGAGCUGAAGUCUGCCUAUGGGUUCUCCCAUGGUCCUGAUCUACCGUUUGCAGCUCUUCAACAUGACAGCCCUUCAGAUGUGUGCAUUGGUGGUCUCCGCUUAGUCUUCUCGAGCUGAUGUUCCCUGUGGCCUUUCAGGAACUGCUCACGUGGCAUGCUUUUCUUGCCUGUUGCAUCUCCUCUAGACAAAAACAGCCUUUUAAAAUAUCAGACCUGGACAGAAUAUUCCAUAAGUCCAGCAUAAACUUAAACCAUUAAUUCCUGAU